AGUCGGCGAAAGCGGCGGGAAGUUCGUACUGGGCGGUGGACUGCAGGGUAGCGGCUUGGGAAAAGAAUCUGUGAACUUAUGAAUCAUCAUCUCUGGAAGUCCACUUCUGUAAGCUCGUGGUUUGCUGUGUUACAUUUUGAUACUCCCUUGGUUAACGUCACAAAAGAGUGAAAAUGCCUCGUGUAAAAGCAGCUAAAGCUGGACGACAGGGCCCUCCCAAGAGGUGCCUUGCAGAACAGUUUGCGGCUGGGGAGAUAAUAACCGACAUGUCCAAAAAGGAGUGGAAGCUAGGGCUGCCUAUUGGUCAAGGUGGCUUUGGCUGCAUAUAUCUUGCUGAUACAAAUUCUUCCAAAUCGGUUGGCAGCGAUGCACCCUGUGUUGUAAAAGUGGAACCCAGUGACAAUGGACCUCUUUUUACUGAAUUAAAGUUCUACCAGCGAGCUGCUAAACCAGAGCAAAUUCAGAAAUGGAUUCGUGCCCAUAAAUUGAAGUACCUUGGUGUUCCUAAGUAUUGGGGAUCUGGUCUACAUGAAAAAAAUGGAAAAAGUUACAGGUUUAUGAUAAUGGAUCGCUUUGGGAGUGACCUUCAGAAAAUAUAUGAAGCAAAUGCCAAAAGGUUUUCUCGGAAAACUGUCUUGCAGCUCAGCUUAAGAAUUCUGGACAUCCUGGAAUACAUCCAUGAGCAUGAGUAUGUGCACGGGGACAUCAAGGCUUCCAACCUGCUCCUGAGCUGCAAGAACCCCGACCAGGUGUACUUGGUAGACUAUGGCCUUGCUUAUCGGUACUGCCCAGAGGGAGUUCAUAAAGAAUACAAAGAAGAUCCCAAAAGAUGUCACGAUGGCACUAUUGAGUUCACCAGCAUUGAUGCGCAUAAUGGCGUGGCCCCAUCAAGACGUGGUGAUCUGGAAAUACUUGGCUAUUGCAUGAUCCAGUGGCUUAGUGGCCAUCUUCCUUGGGAGGAUAACUUGAAAGAUCCUAAUUAUGUUAGAGAUUCCAAAAUUAGAUACAGAGAAAAUGUUGCAGAUUUGAUGGAGAAAUGCUUUCCUGAGAAAAACAAGCCAGGUGAAAUUGCGAAGUACAUGGAAACUGUGAAGUCACUGGCCUACACCGAGAAACCUCUCUAUCAGAAUCUACGCGGCAUUCUCUUGCAAGGACUGAAAGCGAUCGGAAGCAAGGACGAUGGCAGACUGGACUUGAGUGCGGUGGGGAAUGGAGAGUUGAAGACAAAGUCAGUCUCAAAGAAGCGGAAGAAAGAAGUUGAAGAAAGCACAGCAUCCAGUGUUGAAGAUGUGGACUGCUCAAGUGCACAGACAGAGGCCACACAGACCCGUUCAAGAACCAGGAAGAAAGCCCAGAAGUGACUCAGACGCCGGGAGCCAACUUUCUGUUGAUUUUGUUUUUUUCUCCUUUUCUAUUUUAAGUUUUAUUUUCAUAUGAGUCUUAUGAGGUGGGAGCAAUAAUUAAAUAGCUGUGGUUUUGAAAAACAAAUUUUACUAAAAUGAAUAUUUUUGUAUAGUUUAUUGAAGAAUAACUUAUGAAAUUCCCAAGUCUUCAGUUGUACACAUGAAGCUGUCACAGGCUGUGUUUGGGGCUCUGGAGUUCAUAGGAAAAUGGGUGUGGUGGGCAGUCUGCUGAUUAUUGUGCAUUUCCUGGAGUGGACAGACAUAUUUGACAGACUCCCCACUUUUAAGGAAAUGCAAAACUAAAAAUAAAGAUCUCUUUUGCUUGGUGCAAAUAUACAAUUUACAAAUAUGCAAUUUAUUAUGGCAAUAAAGGUUGCUCUGUAUUGA